GGCAGAAUGAGUGAAGAGGUGCCAGUUUCUCCCAGCUGGCUGGCUCAAGAACCCACCUGGGGCAGCAGCGGCGCAGGAAGCAUAGAAAACAUCACUGUCGGAACAUACCCACCUGCGGUUGUCUUGCCGGCGAGGCCGCCUGCUGAGCUGUUGGUAAACCCAUGGGACAUCGUGCUGUGUUCAUCCGGCACCCUUAUAGCCUGCGAGAAUGCCUUGGUGGUUUUGGUCAUCUGGCAGAACCCGGCACUGCGCGCCCCAAUGUUUUUGCUGAUCGGCAGCCUAGCUCUAGCCGACUUAUUGGCUGGUUUAGGGUUAGUCCUGCACUUUACCUUCGCUUACCUGCUAAGAUCUGACUCGGCACAGCUGCUGACUGUAGGUCUGGUGGUGGCAUCCUUCUCAGCAUCUGUUUUUAGCCUGCUAGCUAUUACCAUCGACCGCUACCUGUCGCUAUACUACGCCCUCACCUACAACUCAGAGCGAACGGCCACGUUCACAUACACCAUGCUGGUGCUUCUAUGGGGAGUUUCGUUAUGUUUGGGUUUGCUGCCGGUUACCGGUGUGAACUGCUUGGGCCAGGAGGCGAACUGCAGCGUGAUUUGGCCCCUAACAAAAAACAACGUAGCCGUUCUGUCCAUCUCCUUCCUUCUACUGUUCGGCCUCAUGCUUCAGCUCUACGUGCAGAUUUGUAAAAUCGUCAUGCGACAUGCGCACCAAAUCGCCCUACAACACCACUUUUUAGCUGCAAGUCCUCACUACGUCACGACGCGGAAAGGCGUAUCCACCCUGGCGAUCAUUCUGGGCACAUUCGCAGCUUGCUGGAUGCCGUUUACAGUUUACUCGCUCAUUGCCGAUUAUACGUACCCGCGCCUUUACACGUAUGCCACCCUGGUUCCCGCCACCUACAACUCGGUGAUCAACCCCGUAAUUUACGCCUUCCGCAAUCAAGAGAUCCAGAAAGCGUUGUGGCUGGUGUGCUGCGGAUGUAUCCCUGCCAGCGUGACCCAGCGGGCACGGACCCCCAGCGACGUCUGAUGUGCCUAGGGAAUUACACAGGCCAGAGAUUCCCCCAAUCCCUGGGACGAGAAGGGGCGUGCGCGUCACCCAUUUAUGUCUUCCCCUAAUUGUUAUGUGACAACCACUGCCACAAAAUCUUUGCCUGAUCCCAAUUCGACCAGCUGCCACACCCUUUCCAAGAAAAAAAGGGGCGGAAACGGAUGCUGUGUGGCAGGCAGCUGUAAAUAUCUUGUAUAUAUAUAUAUGCCUUUGUAUUUUUGUGCUUGUUUUGGCUUGGCCACAGCGACAGCCCCCCUGUUGCACGGGCUGUGGAGGGAGAAGGAAGAUGAGGGGCAGCACGAGGCAGUCCUCUUGACUGGAUCCUGAAGCUCAUUCAUCUCGUCCUGCUGUUGCUGCAUUCAAGAACGUGCGCUGAACGUUAAGUAACCACGGUGUGCUAAAAAUAGCGCUCGGUGAUCCGUGCCUUGCGUCCUCCGAAGAUACCGACCUGGAGAAGGCAUGCACAUGAGAGAGAGAGACAGGCACACUCUCUCUUCUGUUUGAUUUAAAUCUCAACCCAAGCGUGGCAGAAUGUAAAAUGUCCUCCAAAGCAGAAAACCACGAAGAGCUAACUACAAUCUCAGAAUGAGAACCACUCUAUAAAUAACCGAACCCAUCGAUGCCUUUAUUUUGGUUUAGAACGUAAGUCGAACUGUCUCUGCAUUCUCUUCCAUAAAUGCGGGAUGAAAGCGACUAGGAGAAAGUGUAUGUAUAUUCAUUUAAACAGCCCCCUAUGAAUAGAGGCUCACUUCAAAGAAUUGUUGAGUACAAAACGUGCAUUAAGUGGCUGAGAAUAAGAGGUUUGUUUAUAUGCAGCGACAUGAAGGAUGGAACCGAAUGUAUUUUCUAUUGAUUUGCUUUUAAUUUGCAUUGUCAUUGUCGCUCUGAAUAGAGCACUGCUCCGUUUUUUAUGUUCAACUGGUAAUUACUACUGGAUAUGGGAUAGCUGUCACAAUGGUAGUUCAUAGCACGAAAUUUACAUGUAUUGCAUUUGCAAAGAAUGAUGAUUUGGGCAUGACAUUGAGAUAUAUUAAUUAGAGGUAUUUUGUUUGAAACAACGCGAGUAAAGCUUUUCAAAC